CUCUCGGCGACGGAAGAGGCGAUUUGAUCUCCUGGGAUAAUCGAGGUUUAGGAAACAUGGGACAAGAUUAUAGCUACAGCCAGCCUUCUUCAUCAGAGGAGUAUGAUAUAGAUAUAACUUCCCUGCUUCAAGCAGAAGCUGAUAUCUACGCGGAUGAAGCUGAGAGUAGCCAGAAUAUUGCAGAGCCGUUUCAGUACCCUCCUCAACCUGAGGCUGAUGAUGGAAUCCCCAAGACAUGCUACUGUGGUGGUCAGCCUGUUGUGGCAACAUCUUACACAAGCAAAGAUCCAGGCAGAAGGUACUUCACGUGUGACAAUGCUGAUGAUGGAGACUGCCAUGUUUGGAAAUGGUGGGAUGUAGCGAGUGACACAGAGCAUUCUCCCACCAUGGAUAGCACCCCUGGUUUUGUUAACCUGCUCAAUAGCCAAUGUUCUUUUGAUCUUGAUUCACCCGAACCUGCUUGGUUCAGUAGCCAAUGUCCAGAUGAGUCUACCGUGAAGGAGAGGAGGAAAUGGUCUCCAAAAGAAGAUAAAAUCCUUAUUGGUGCUUGGCUUAACACCAGUAAGGACCCUGUGGUCAGCAACGAGCAGAAAGAUGCGGCUCUGAGAGAGCAGAGAAGUGGUCAAAAUGAUGAUGAUGUGAUGAAAGCUGCCCUGGAUAUCUUCUACAACGACAACGGAAUCAAGUUUAGCCUAGAACAUGCGUGGAGAGAGCUGAGGCAUGACAAGAAAUGGUGCUCCACCUUUCAGGUUGAUGGACAAGAGGAAGUGGGAGAACCAGAGGGUCGACCUGUUGGAGUGAAGGUUGCUAAAGCAGCUAGUAAGAGGAAGAAGAGUGGUAAAGAAGAGGAGUUGUCACAGAUACAUGCCAUGCUGGAAAUCAAAGAAAAACUUUCUAAGCAGAAACUGCUUGAACGUUUACUUGGCAAAAAGGAGCCACUCUCUGAGAUGGAAACAUCUCUUAAACUCAAACUGAUGUCUGAGAUGUUAUGA